AAACAACUUAUUCCCUUUCUUAAACAAACACGGACAACAAUCUCUCAACAACCCUCUUUCUUCUUCUUCUUAUUCUUUUAAAUUCUCCUCCUCAUAUCUCUUCCGAUUUCCGUUCCCAAAUCUCGAUUUCUACUUAUGGAUACCUUCUUCAUCAGCCACGGAUCACCGACGCUGUCAAUCGACGAGAGGUUGCCAGCUAGGCAUUUCCUCAAGUCAUGGAAAGCGAAGCUUUUCCCGACGGUUCCUAAGGCUAUUCUGAUGGUUUCUGCACACUGGGACACGCCGGAGCUCGCCGUCAACAUCAUUAAUGGCCGUAAUGAUACCAUCUACGAUUUCUACGGUUUUCCCAAACCUAUGUACGAGAUCAAAUAUCCUGCGCCAGGUGCACCAGAACUAGCUAAGAAAGUAAAAGGAUUGCUUCAAAGUGCUGGAUUUGACCGUGUGAAGGAGGACAAGAAUCGCGGGCUUGACCAUGGAGCCUGGGUUCCUUUGAUGUUGAUGUAUCCAGAGGCUAACAUACCAGUUUGCCAACUUUCCAUUCAAUCUGACAAGGAUGGAACAUACCACUACAAUAUAGGGAAGGCAUUGGCUCCUCUCCGAGAUGAUGGUGUUCUAAUUAUUGGAUCAGGAAGUGCCACACAUAACCUAAGAUCGCUUGGCCCCGACCAUGUACCACCACCCAGUUGGGCUGUAGACUUUGAUAAAUGGCUUACAGAAACUCUAAUUGAUGGAAGACAUGAAGAUGUGAAACACUAUGAUAAGAAGGCUCCAAGUGCUAAAAUUUCGCAUCCGCAGCCAGACCACUUCUAUCCUUUGCAUGUCGCUCUUGGAGCUGCGGGGGAGAACGCCAAGGCAGAGCUUAUCCAUCACAGCUGGGGAAAUUCCUCACUUUCUUACUCUUCUUAUAGGUUCCAAACGGCAUAGUUCAUGAAUUUGUUUGCUUUGUUGUAUGUUAUGUAUACUUCCAUCCCGCUUUGUAUGAGGAUUUAUUUUUAUCUUAUUUAUAUGCAUUGUUUAGUUAUAAUAAUGUGAUGAGUUGUAUGUGUGAGCUUUUUGGCUCAUAAUCAUUUGUAACUAUCUGAACUUUUUCAAUCUGCUCAAAUUAAGUUCUUUUAAUAAAUAUCAAUUUAAUAUC